AUGUCAUCGGCUCCUCUCCAUUUCGUCAUCUCUACGGUCCCAUCGAUCGCCUCUAAAGCCGCAAAGAAUAGUGAGUCUCCAGUGCGAUCCCUUCUCGACUAUUAUCCACUUCCAAUUGCAGCCGCCCCACCCGAUGCCUUCAGUAUCUCACGUCUCCUGCAGCCCGGUCCCUUCGAGUUCAGAGCUCCAUCCAUCGACUCCUUCUACUUUGCGCCUCCGCCAAUCGGCAACGUGCCCGAAGUGACCAAGGCCAUCAACGGUUACAUCCUCUUCAUUAUGUGCAUGAGAAAGAGGAAACUGAUGGGACUCUCGACGCCUUCGAACAAUUGUACGGUUCCAAGGGCUCUAAGGGAACGAGUUACUAAUAAAUCCUGUUCAGUGACCACGUGGAACGACCUGGGACCGCUCGGACGGAAGAGAUGGUGCCAUUUGCACGGACGCUACUCGCUCCUGUACGAUCAAUACGUGACGGAGGGACGCAUCCGCCAAGUGUCGAUCCAUCGGGAUCCGCCCAAACUGAAUAGGGAGGAAAGAAACGCGAAGAAGGCACUGCAGCUCAAGGAGAACACUUCUACUCCUAUUUAG